GUAAGAACGUUUCCAAUUUUUUAUCCCCUAGAACAUGGUGAUGAGUUUCCGAGUCUCAGAUCUUCAGAUGUUGCUGGGUUUUGUUGGCAGGAGUAAAAGCGGACUUAAACAUGAACUAGUCACCAGAGCAUUGCAAUUGGUCCAAUUUGACUGCAGCCCCGAGGUUUUCAAGAAAAUCAAGGAGCUCUAUGAGACUCGCUACGCCAAGAAGAGCUCCGAAGCCAGCCAGCCCCAGCCGCAGCAGCACCGGUCCCCCGAGGCGCUCUCCAUACAUUCGUCGUACGACCGGGGCAGCACCGUGGCUAGGACUUCUAUCUCCACUCCCAAUAUUGACUAUCCUGCGCUCUACGGGAAAUACCUUAACGGACUGGGCAGGUUGCCACCCAAAGUCGUGAAGCCCGAAGUUCGCCUGGUGAAGCUUCCCUUCUACACCACCCUGGAUGAGCUGCUGAAGCCAACAGAAUUAGUCCCACAGAACAAUGAGAAGCUCCAGGAAAGCCCGUGCAUUUUUGCAUUGACCCCGAGACAAGUGGAGUUGAUCAGAAAUUCCAGGGAGUUGCAACCCGGUGUGAAAUCGGUUCAGGUUGUCCUAAGAAUCUGUUACACAGACACUAGUUCUCCCCAGGAGGACCAGUACCCCCCGAACAUUGCGGUGAAAGUGAACCAUAGUUACUGCUCGGUGCCGGGCUACUAUCCAUCAAACAAACCCGGAGUGGAACCGAAGAGGCCCUGUCGUCCCAUCAACCUCACCCACCUCAUGUACCUGUCUGCAGCCACCAACCGCAUCACCGUCACCUGGGGGAAUUACGGGAAGAGCUAUUCCGUGGGGCUGUACUUGGUGCGGCAGAUGACCUCGGCAGAGCUGCUGCAGAGGUUGAAAACCAUCGGAAUCAAACAUCCCGAGCUCUGCAAAGCGCUUGUAAAAGAGAAGCUACGCUUGGAUCCGGACAGUGAAAUAGCUACCACAGGCGUUCGCGUCUCUCUCAUCUGUCCGCUAGUGAAGAUGCGGCUGUCUGUGCCGUGCCGGGCAGAGACCUGCGCACAUCUGCAGUGCUUUGAUGCGGUCUUCUACCUUCAGAUGAAUGAGAAGAAGCCCACGUGGAUGUGUCCUGUGUGUGACAAACCUGCGCCCUAUGACCAGCUGAUAAUUGACGGGCUCCUGUCAAAGAUACUGACCGAAUGUGAGGAUGCAGAUGAAAUAGAGUACCUGGUGGAUGGCUCCUGGUGUCCCAUCAGAGCCGAGAAGGAACGGAGCUGCAGCCCUCAGUGUCCCAUCUUAGUUCUAGGUUCCUCAGAUGUGAACGGGCUGCUGCCCACCCCUAACGGUAACGGUGAGAACGGCAAGGCCACUGCUGACGUCGUGGAUUUAACACUGGACAGCUCCUCGUCGGAGGAAGAAGAGGAGGAAGACGAGGAAGAAGACGACGACGACGACGGACCCCAACCAAAACGGCGCUGCUCUUACGAGAAAGGUUUAGUUUCUGCCUGCUGACUGCGGAAGCAGCUCUGAAUCUCAGAACGGACAGACUUGAAUACUCUGGUGCUUAUUAAACUGGAGGAGGGGGAGAACGGCGGCUCCCACCUCGUCUCCCUCCCUCCCCGAUCUCCUUUGACUUUCCUAUUCCAAAUUAACCAUUAAAAACGAGAGAGAGAAAAAAAAAAAUAAAACCAUUGAGCUGCUUCUUGGUUGGAAAACUACCCCACACAAAGCCUGACCCUGAAACCGGAGUCCGAAGUAAGGGAAGUGUCUUAAGGCAGCCAGAACCCGCGGCUCGCUGCUGCCCUGCACCAGGACCGUUCAGCUCGGGGGAGUUCACCUGCAGACCUUCAGGACAUCCGACUCCCGUGCAUCUCCAAAGCUGUGUGCAUUUUGAUUGUCUUGUUGAAAUAAGCAUUCCUGGUUAUCUA